AUGUCCCCAAUAUCCCCAAUGUCUGGACUACUCAAGGAUACUGAAGAAGGCCGGGGUUACGUACCCUUCGUGGACUACAGCAGCAGGGACUAUGCCCCAGUUCCCAAUGGGCGGCGUGCCUCCUUCAGCGACCUGGGGCUUUACCCUCAUCCUGUUCCUCCGACUUCGCUCUCCUCCGCCACUCCAAAUUUCUGCACCAUUAAGCGAGGCAGCAGAGGCCACGACUCUGCGGGUGAGAAUGGUAGAAGUCUACUGGACAAAAACAGCUACCAUGAUACCUCAACCCUUUCUCGUCAUUCAGCAUACUCCAUGGUUCGUGCCCCUACCUAUGGUUCCCCGCCGCCACCUCCGUACCCAAAGAGCUCUAAAACAGGGUCUCCAAGAGGUGCAAUGUCCCCCACGGGGACGAAAUCUGUAACUCUUCCUAACUCCGUGAUCAAUGCCGAUGAACGUGGAUCCCCAGAGGCCAAAUAUAUCUUUUCACCAGAGGCUAUGAUGAAACCAGGCACCCUAGUGUGA